AUGGCAGCUCCUUAUAAUUUGUGGCUUGGAGGCAAGGAGCAACAGGGAAGGGAACCUCUGAUUCCUGUUGAGGAUCCUUCUACUGGUGAGAUCUUUGCACAGUGCCAUGCAGCCUCAGAAGAAGAUGUAGAAGCCGCAGUCCAGGCUGCUCAUGCGGCAUACAAGAGCGGCAUCUGGUCUCGAGCAAGUCGCCACGAGCGCGCAGAUGUCUUGGAGAAGUGUGCGAUUUUACUCACAGAAUCCCUACCUGAGCUCAUCGCACUGGAAGUAAAACAGACCGGUCGGGCAAUCCGUGAAAUGAAGGCCCAGGUCCCCUCCCUUAUCAAGUGGUUCAAAUACUAUGCCGCCAUUCUUCGUGUGGAAGAGCGAUCUGUUUUACCAACGGUUGGAAAGUUACACAACUUUGUUGAUCGGGUUCCACUGGGCGUGGUGGUUCAAAUCACCCCUUUCAAUCAUCCGCUCCUGAUUGCAGUGAAAAAGCUAGCACCCGCACUCGCAGCGGGAAACAGCGUCAUCCUUAAGCCAAGUGAGCUUACACCUCUGAGUUCCCUCCUUCUAGCGAAGAUUGUCCAUCAGGCAGGAAUUCCCGCUGGUGUUCUCAGUGUGUUAUCCGGCUAUGGAGCGACUACCGGCAAGGCUCUAGUCUCGCAUCCACUUGUGCGCAAGGUCGAUAUAACUGGGGGCACGGCUGCUGGGAAGGCAAUUGGAAGCAUAGUUGGUGGAAAUUUGUCCAAGUACACCGCAGAGCUGGGUGGGAAGGCCCCUUUGAUUGUAUUUGAAAAGGCCAAUGUUGAUGUCGCGGUGAACGGAAUUGCCUUCGGAAGCUACAUUGCCAGUGGGCAAACAUGUGUUGCCAGCACACGAAUUAUUGUGGCCAACACCAUAAUAGAAGAAGUUUUGCAAAAGCUGACGGCGAAAGUCGAUGGGAUCACGCGACAAAUGGGGGAUCCUAGCAACCCUGAGUCGAUGAUGGGGCCACUGAUAUCCAAGAGACAAUUACAAAAUGUCGAAAGGCUAGUCACGGAUGCUUUGGAAAAUAAUGCCAAAGCGCUGAUCGGAGCUAAACGCAUGACCGGGUCUGGCUCCUUAGAUGGGUUCAAUUUCUCGAAGGGAUAUUUUUAUGAACCGACCGUUCUCGUCUCUACUGAAGGCAACAGCAUUCUCAAUUCUGCUAUAUGGCAAGAAGAAGCAUUUGGCCCUGUUAUUGUUGUGGUGGGGUUUGAUUCCGAAGAGGAAGCUAUUGCCCUAGCAAAUGAUACAGAAUUUGGCUUGGGAGCGGGAAUCUGGACGGAGGAUCUUGGACAAGCAUUCCGGGUCUCCGAGCAAAUCGAGGCGGGGAUUGUCUGGGUAAAUACUCAUCACCGAAACGACCCUAGCAGCCCAUGGGGAGGUGUGAAGAGCGCAAGUGGUGUUGGAAGUGAAAAUGGCAUCGAUUCAUAUCAUGCUUACUCGAUGACCAAAAGCACAAUUGUGAACUUUGCGACCAGUGACGAGUCCCUAGCUCAGGAUGACUGGUUUAGUGAGGGGUCAAGGAAUGUUAGAUAUGGAUGA